CUCGGAGAGAUUUCAUCAGUGGAGCUAAGCGAUUGCCGGGAGCCAGCAAUGUCUACAGCAUCAGCUGUGCAGCGCCGCGAACGAAGGCGAGAGCGUAUAAUGCAGGAUUGCGAUAAGCGCAUCAGAUGCAUUCUGAACGGGCCGGAUGGAUCGGAAGUGCGCAGUGCGCCUGCGCUGGAAGGUGGCGAAGGUUUUGCGAGCGUCUCACACGCCUCAGUGGCGCCCAUCUCCACUGCUUCGAUGCCGUCGAGUUUCACGGCGAACAAAGGAAGCAAGAAGGAAGCUGCGACAGCUGGCAGUUCAUUGAUGACACGUAUCUCUGCGCACUUCUAUCGAAGCCCGCUUUCGAGGGCUUUCGUUGCUGGUAUGUUUCGUGAGCUUUUGCUUUGGUCUAAUUUUUCAACUGUUUUGCCUGAUUCUGCUGCUUCCUACCUUCUCGCCGUUGGAAACGGCUCGUGA